AUGUCGGCGUUCACGCCGACUCCGCCUAUUAUGCCAUUGCGUCUACAGCGUGGCGAGACCACGCCCACUUUUCGACAUUCGGCAGGCCAACGGCACGGGCAGACACGCCCUGCUCCUCCACCGCCGCCGCAGCAGCAACCGGCACCAAUCUACUCGCAAACAGUAGUAAUCCCACAGGCUCCGCCACCACCGCCAGAGGCUUACCAGGCGCAACAAUACGCUCCUCGCCAACAACCGCCAGUGCUUGUUCAACCCGCAGAUGUUGCACAAUACCAUCCGAGACCAACCGAUGCUUCAUUCCAACACAUCGAUCGCGCCAGAUCGAUCCAGACAUUCGAUUUCGACAACAAAUUGUUUAGAGAACAGGCAAAUUCAUUCGCACAGAAUCAGGAGAAGAUUGAACUUCUUGCACAGCCUCCACCACCACCAACACCUUCACCCGCACCAUUUGUUCGUGUUCCGCCACCGCCUGAGCGUUUUGUGCCAAGUCUCGCGACACUCUAUAGUCUCGAGCAGAAGCCGCACGAGAAGAAUCCCGAAUAUCAUCCCGACACGAUAAUCGUUGAUCGAAAUCAUUCUGCAUACUUUGAGGAUACUCAGAGAACACGUCCGAAGGCUCCCAAAAUCAAAGUUCAAGGAGGGAGCUUCCAUUCUAGUUCUGCUAAUGUUCCUCAACCACGUCAACAGCAGCUACAACAACAACAGAUCCGUCGUCCAGCCCCUGUUCCACAGCAGCCAACACGCCAACAACCAGCGGCCACGGUAAUCUCCAGCCCACAGCAGCAGACAUUCCGACCAGAUGUACGACCAGCACCACAGAGACCAAUCCAGAGGCCGCGUCCAGUUGUUUCGCAAUCUCAAGUACGCCGUCCAGUCGGUCCACGACCUCAGCCAGCUCCAGUAGCUCCACAGUCGUCAAAAUCGCAUUUGGCUCCGGCUCCAGUCCAAGCCGCUGGAAAACCGAGAACUGCCAGUGAAAAGUUCCUCCAAUGUUGCAAGGGACGUCGCGUGGCUCAAUCUUGCGAAAGGAUCUGCAGCUUCGAUGUGCUUAGCAAGAAGACGCUGACAGGAAUGUUCCUUGGAACUGACCCAUGCCCACAAGCUCAUGGACUUGAUAUGAUGCAAUGUGCCGCAGAUAGCGACGAUCAUACUGAAUGCUGUCUCGAUCGGGAAGUUGAUCGUACAUCAGCCGGCCGCAAAUGUCUCGGCUUCUGCAACAUGAAACCAGGAGUAACAUUCCAAGCAGACGUCUCGAUGCUUCCAUGUUGGGGAGUGCUAAAUGACAUCAAGCAAUGCUUUAAAGAGAACCUCGAACGACAGCUCGCCGCCGCGAUCUAA